GGGAUGAGCUUCCGUCGGUGCUGAAAGGCGGCUGUCCAGGUGACGAAGGAUAUAGCGAAAAGGGGCCGCGCGCUGACUGGUUAUGCGCCUCGCAUCCUCGGCCGGAGUAGGCCCGGUGCGGACAAACGGAAGAUGCUGAGAUGCGCAAGGCGGCGAGGCGGCAGUACUGCGACGCAAGUGAGCUGGAAGGCGGCCUUUCUUGCUGUCCUCUCGCUGCUGCGAUCACGCUCACUCUCUGUGCGAGAGCAAGAGCAAGAGCAGGAGCAGGAGCAGGAGUAGGAGCAAGCGCACGAGCGGCGAGGUGGAGACAGACAAUGGGCGGCGACAGAAAUGAUGCCCGACCACACAUGUGUGCGUGAGUGAGCCGGCUUUUCCUCUUUCUCUCUUGUCUCCCGUGGGUCCACU